AUGUUUCAUCUCGAUCCAGAAUAUGCCAAUCCUACAGGCACAACUGUUGUCGCGUCAGGAGCGAACGGCAAUAUAGCCAACCACAUCGUGGACCAGCUCGUCAAGACGGGCUACUCUUGGCUGGUUGGCUACUCUUCGCAGUUAUACGGACCUGGCAAAAUCGAGCUGGCAGAGGUUCGUAACAUGGCAGAGAGCUGUGCUUUCGAUGAAGCUGUUAAAGGCGCCUCCGGGUUCAUUCACAUGGCCACCCCGGUAAUGGAAACUGCAGACCCCAAUAUUGCGAUACCAGUCGUUGUCAAUGGGACCUUGAAUGCACAUUUCGUGCUCACAUCCUCGUCCGGUGCCUGCACAGAUGCAAAGCCCGGCAAGGUCUUUACGAUCGACUCGAACACAUGGAAGGAAGAGGCCGAAGCUGCCGCAUGGGCACAUCCGCCGAGAAAAAGAAGCGUGGAAGUGGGUUCGCGAAAACAAGCCAAAUUUCAUCUUCAACACGUCUUACCCAAUGCGAAUUUCGGUUCUGUUCUCGACAAGCACCAUCAGAAUGGUUUUGAUGGUGAAGAAACCUUAGGGAAUCUGCCUCCACAAUACUUAAUCAAUAGCAUGGACGACGCUAUCGUGUGUGUUGCUACGCUCUUAUACAAAGAUGUGAGCAAGGAGAGAAUCUUCACAUUUGCAUAUUCAUACAACUGGAAUGACAUCUUGGCUAUUUUCAGAGAGCUCUGCCCAGGCAGACAAUUGAUUGACGAUAUCCCGAAUCUGCAGCGCGAUCUAAGCGUUGUAACUAAUGGACGGGCUGAGGAUCUGCUCAAACCGUUUGUGGGGCAUGAGUGGACUUCACUCGAGGAAACUGUUAAAAGCUCCGUGGCAGAUUCUCAAGUUUGA